UUAUACCUUUUGUUAAUUUUUUUCUUAAUUUUUUUCUUAUUACUACAUUACUACUCCUACAUAAUAUCGGAAAUUAUAAAUGAAUUGUUUUCCAAUUAUUUGAUUGCAACUUUUUUGUCUUGAUUAUUUUGCUGAUAUAUUUUGGGUAUAUAACAUCCAUAGUUUAACCAGAUUGAAAUACAAGUCUGCCUGUUUUAGUAAAUAAAGUGACUGGCAGCAUUUAGUUUGUACUGUAAAAGGACGGACAGCAGAUAUUUCUGAGUAAUUAUUCAUUAAUCCUCGCUGUAUAAGUGCUAGGGAUGUUUGGGCUGUAGAGCUUCGGAGCACUAAAUGCGAGGGUAAUUAGUUAAUUAGAAAGAGAGGGAGGGACUCAGAGCUCGCAGGUCAGCUCGGUCAGCCAAUCAGAGACGCUUUAGAAGCGCGAACACGUCCAAAAGUCUGAAGCCGCACCUGUGUUCAGCUCUAACGCGCCUGAGAUCACUGACAUCCGGACGAAUUUAGGGAAGAGGAAGGACGUCCUGUCACAAACCAGCACCGACGUGUUCGUCACUUUAUAGCCUUGACAUUAAUUUUAACUUCGAGAUGGUCGGAUAAGUAGUUCUUCCGAGAAAAAAAUAAAUAAAAGACAAGCGUUUAAUUCGGAGCCAAUAAAACAAUAGACACCAGAAGUGAAGCACGCAGUUUUAAGCCAUGGAUAAAUCCAAGAACUUUCGGAUCGAUGCUCUGCUGGCAGGAGAGUCACAGCGGAGGAGAAGUCGGGACUCUGAUGUACUCGAUGUUGAAGCCACUCUGUGCAAACGACCAGACAGCUCUCCGGUCCGGAGCAGUGCCAGUGUGCUCCAGCAGACAGGAAUCGUGCCCAAACCCGGCCUGCUCACCAUCCCUCACCCAGGACUAAGCGCGUUAUCUCAGGGCUCGCUCGCAGGGAUGUACCCGGGCCCGGUGUGCUCUCUGAGUGCGUUAGGAGCGCAGCAUGCCGCCUUCCCCUAUCCCGCCUUCGCUCCACCGCAUCCAGAGCAGCUGAAGGCCGCCGCCGUGGCGGGACAUUUUCCCUUCGAGCAGUGGAUCCGCGCCGGCAUCAUGGUGCCGAGACUCACCGACUUUAACGGCUCUCCUCAGUCAGGCCUGAUGGGAAAGUGUCGUCGACCUCGAACUGCUUUCACUAGUCAGCAACUAUUGGAGCUGGAAAACCAGUUCAAACUAAACAAGUACCUGUCAAGACCCAAACGCUUUGAAGUGGCCACUUCACUAAUGCUGACUGAAACCCAGGUGAAAAUCUGGUUCCAAAACAGACGGAUGAAAUGGAAGCGCAGCCGCAAAGCCAAAGAGCAGGCAGCACAGAUGGAGGCUGAUGGCAGUCAGCCGGUCAAACGUUCCGGCAAACCCGGGGACCCUCGCCGCUGCAGUACACAGGACGACGAUGAGGAGCUAGAAGCCGAAGAGGAAGAAGACGAAGACGAAGGCUUUGGAGGUGCUCUAAAUGGCAGUGUGGGCCUGGCUCACUCCUCAGACUUUCUCCAGCACAGCUCUGAGUUGAGCUACAGCUCUCACAGCUCUUACUCAGAUGAUGACCUGGAAGAGAUUGGAGCAGACAGGAAGAUCGGAGUAGGGCUUUGAAGGCAUAGUGUAGUUAUUGUAAUCAUUUACCCAUUGUGUUGUCCAACAGCUUGCUGCAUCUAUAGCCUUCAUCAGAGACUUGCAAAGACUGAAGCGAAGCCAUGCACCAAAAUCUCUAUCUCUUAUUCAUUUAUGUGGCAGCCUUUAACUUAUAAACUGCAGUUGUGUUCCAAGUAGGAAUGUUUCUCUUUGUAAAAAUAUCUUUGUCCUUUGUGUUCUGGUAAUCACUUUGGGAUUUGAGUAGUAGAACCAGCAUUUCUACUGCAUGCAACCCAGAUGCUUACUUUUGUACAUUGAUAUGUACAUACACAUGAACAAAAACUUGUUUAGCUAUGAACUACACUGUGCUCAAUGCGAACCGAGGGUUAUGGUAUGGUGCCAAGCUUUUGUUACACAGCAUUUUUCUCAGAAACCACUGACUAAAUAACACAGCAGAUCUCCUCAGCAAAUAUCGAGAAAUAGGAGCAAAAAAGUAGAGCAAUGUGUUACUUAGUCAUUCGUCUUUGUCAUGUUUGUUAUUGGUGGUGUUGUCCUUAAUGGUAUUUAAGUAUUAUAGAUUAUAUCUAAUUUAUUCACGGUAAAAUGUACACAGUGAAAAUUCACAUAAAAGAAAACUGUAUCUGUUAAAUUAAAGGCAAAAAAUAAACUGUAAAAAUUUGAAUCUAUUUACAUUCUGGCUAUAAUUCCUUCUUUAGAUAAACACUUUGCCCCUGCAUGUGUAAAUGUGUGCAUUAUGUAUUGAGAUAUAAAUGUGUGUUUGGCACCAGGAGCACAGCCCUGAUGAUUCAGUGUUGUAAAUGAUCAUGACUGUAAAGCAGCAGGCAAAGUUAUUUGUUCCUCUUUCCACAGACCCUCCCUUUUCUCCUGUUUAACCUCCACCUGACAAAGAUGGUGAUUAAAGCACUGGAGAAACUGC